CAGCUCUCCAGCUGGGACAGUCUGCUCAGCACUGGCCUCACCAUGGCUCGCUGGUACAUCCUGGCCUUGGCCCUGUGCUCCUACCUCGGGGUAGCCUGGGCUGCCACCCUGGGUGUGGUGCUCACCGAGGGAGGAUUUGUGAAAGGUGAGAAUAAGAAACUGGGACUCUUUGGGAGCUACGUUGACAUCUUCAGAGGGAUUCCCUUUGCUGCCCCUCCAAAGAGACUGCAAGACCCUGAACCUCAUCCUGGCUGGGAUGGAACACUGGAAACAAAGAAAUUCAAACCACGCUGCGUGCAGAUGAAGCUGACACAGACUGACAUCCGUGGGAGUGAGGACUGUCUCUACCUGAACAUCUGGAUCCCUCAAGGGAGGAGACAAAUCUCUACCAAGCUGCCUGUGAUGGUUUUCAUUUACGGCGGCGCUUUCCUGGUGGGAGGCAGCCAGGGCGCCAAUUUCCUGGACAACUACCUGUACGAUGGGGAGGAGAUCGCCGUGCGGGGCAACGUCAUCGUGGUGACCGUCAACUACCGCCUGGGGCCGCUGGGCUUCCUGAGCACCGGGGACGAAAACCUGCCAGGGAACUACGGGCUCAAGGACCAGCACAUGGCCAUUGCCUGGGUGAAGAGGAACAUCAAGGCCUUUGGGGGUGACCCAGACAACAUCACCAUCUUUGGGGAAUCGGCCGGUGCCACCAGUGUCUCCCUGCAGACACUGUCCCCAAAGAACAAGGGCCUGUUCAAGAGAGCCAUCAGCCAGAGCGGUGUCGGGCUCUGCAGCUGGGCCAUCCAGAGGGACCCGCUCCUCUGGGCCAAAAAGCUUGGAGAAAAGGUGGGCUGCUCCACAGACAACACCACCAUCUUGGCCAGCUGCCUGCGCAGCUCUGACCCCAAAACCUUGACCCUGGCUUACCACCUGCAGCUCACCAACCUGCCCAUGCCCCUGGUGCACACCCUGGCCCUCUCUCCUGUGGUUGAUGGGGAUUUCCUCCCAGACGUGCCAGAGAACCUCUUUGCCAACGCUGCCGACAUCGACUACGUGGCCGGGGUCAAUGACAUGGACGGGCACUUCUUUGCCGGUGUGGAUUUACCGGCCAUCAACCGCCCGCUGGUGAAAGUCACUGCGGACGAGGUGUACAAAUUGAUCAAAGGCCUCACCGUGGACAGGGGCGAGGCUGGAGCCAACGCCACCUACAACAUCUACACACAGAGCUGGGGUGAGAAACCCUCGCAGGAGGUUGUGAAGAAGACAGUGGUGGAGCUGAUGACUGACUACAUCUUCCUGAUCCCCACACAGAAGGCACUGGACCUGCACGUGCAGAAUGCCAAGAGUGGCAAGACCUACAGCUACGUGUUCUCCCAGCCGUCCCGCAUGCCCGUCUACCCCAGCUGGGUGGGGGCAGACCAUGCUGAUGACCUGCAGUACGUGUUUGGGAAGCCCUUUGCCACCCCCCUGGGCUACUUGCCCAAGCACAGGACUGUCUCAAAGGCCAUGAUUGCUUACUGGACCAAUUUUGCCAGGACUGGUGAUCCCAACAAAGGGAAUUCAGAUGUGCCUGUUUCCUGGCCAGCCUAUACCGAGAACAGCAAGUACUACCUGGAUAUCAACAACAAGAUGAGCAAGAAGUCUGUGAAGCAGGACCUGAGAUCCCGGUUUGUGACCUUCUGGAACUCGGUCUAUCUGCAGAUGCCACAGGUUGCCAACAUCUCCCAGUCGGAGUUACUGUUCUGAAGCUAAGAAAAAAACAUCUUUUAGAGAUCAUUAAAAGCUUGCAUGUAAUUGA